GCAACACUCCUGAUUUUUCUCUUCUUCUCUCGUCGUCGUUGUUUCCCAUCGAAUUCAUCGGAGAUCCUGUCUCGAAUUUUGCGGUUCUGACGAUCAUUUCGGUUCUCUUCAUCCCUUGAUCUUCUUCUGAUCGAUUUGAUUUCUGCUCAACAGAAUUGAUGGGUGGAAGCCCUCUGGAUUAUGGUUACGUUGCGUGAGAAUUGAAAUUGAGAUCUUUGAGUUCUGCUGAGUUUUGUCGAGAUGAAUGUGGUGGGUUUUGAUGUCGGAAACGAGAAAUGUAUUAUUGCGGUUGCAAAACAGCGUGGGAUUGAUGUUUUGUUGAACGAGGAAUCGAAUCGAGAAACUCCGUCUGUGGUUUCGUUCGGCGACAAGCAGAGGUUCAUGGGUGCUGCUGCAGCCGCCUCUGCUACAAUGCAUCCCAAGUCAACAAUCUCACAGUUGAAGAGAUUGAUCGGUAGGAAGUUCGGGGAACCUGAUGUUCAGAAUGAUCUGAGGUUGUUCCCUUUUGAAACCUUUGAAGGCUCUGAUGGAGGGGUUCAAAUCCGGCUUCAGUACUCGGGUAUGACUCAUAGCUUCAGUCCAGUGCAGAUAUUAGGCAUGUUGCUCUCACAUUUGAAGCAGAUAACUGAGAAGAAUCUGAAGAUGCCUGUUUCCGAUUGUGUCAUUGGGAUUCCAUCCUAUUUUACAAACUUGCAGAGGCUAGCCUAUUUGGAUGCAGCAGCCAUAGCUGGCUUGAGGCCGUUGAGAUUGAUGCAUGAUUGUGCUGCCACUGCUCUUGGAUAUGGUAUAUACAAGACUGAUUUCGCUAACUCAAGCCCCACUUACGUCGUAUUUGUUGACAUUGGUCAAUGUGAUACGCAAGUUUGUGUUGCAUCAUAUGAAGCUGGGAGCAUGAAAACCCUUUCUCAUGCUUUCGAUAGAGACCUUGGUGGGAGGGAUUUUGAUGAAGUUCUUUUCAACUACUUUGCCUCCGAGUUCAAGGAGAAGUACAAAAUAGAUGUAUAUACAAAUACAAAGGCAUGUGUUAGGUUGAGGGCAUCGUGUGAGAAACUGAAGAAAGUCUUGAGUGCAAAUGCUGAGGCCCAGCUGAAUAUAGAAUGCUUGAUGGAUGAGAAAGAUGUGAAAAGUUUCAUCAAGAGAGAAGAGUUUGAGAGUUUGUCAUCAGGAUUGUUGGAAAGAUUAAUUGUUCCGUGUCAAAAGGCUUUGGCUGACUCGGGAGUGAGUUUGGAUCAAAUCCAUUCUGUUGAGCUAGUUGGUUCAGGGUCUAGAAUUCCAGCUAUAUCGAGGAUGUUGAGCACACUGUUUAGAAGGGAGCCAAGCCGGACUGUAAAUGCAAGCGAGUGUGUUGCUCGAGGUUGUGCACUUCAGUGUGCAAUGCUCAGUCCAGUAUUCCGAGUCAGAGAGUAUGAGGUUCAAGAUUCAUUUCCUUUCUCGGUCGGGUUCUCAUCUGAUAAAGGCCCCAUAAAUAUGUCAUCAAAUGGAAUACUCUUCCCAAAGGGACAAGUCUUUCCGAGUGUUAAGGUUCUUGCUUUACGUAAAGAUAGCACCUUCCAUUUGGAAGCCUUUUAUGUAAACCAUAACGAAUUACCUUCGGGUGUGCAGCCUCAGAUAAGCAGUUUUACGAUUGGCCCUUUUCAAAUUGCUCAUAGAGAAGCAGCACGUGUCAAAGUGAGGAUUCAGCUAAAUCUGCAUGGGAUUGUUACCAUAGAUUCAGCUUCUCUAGUAGAAGAUCACCAAAACAGUACAAGUUCAGAUGAGAUAAUGUCUGAAAACAACCGUACAUCUUCUGCUACGAAGGAUGACAAUUCAGACCCUUCAGCAGGACCUACUGGAAACGAUUCUACAAAACAUAAGACUAGUAAAAGGAUGGAAAUUCCUGUGGUUGAGAGGGCCUCUGGUGCAUUGACGAAAGAUGAGUUGCUGGAAGCGAAACAGAGAGAGAAUUCUUUAGUGCAGCAAGACCUGAAGAUGGAGUUGACAAAAGAUAGGAAAAAUGCACUAGAAUCCUAUGUUUACGAGAUGCGGGAUAAGAUGUUAAAUACAUACCGGAGUUUUGCAACCGAGGCAGAGCGGGAAGGCAUUGCCAGAAAUCUUCAAGAGACAGAAGAGUGGCUUUACGGAGAUGGCGAUGAUGAAUCUGAAAAUGCUUACACCGAGAAGUUAAAUGACCUCAAAAAGCUUAUUGAUCCAAUUGAAAACCGGUUUAAAGACGGAGAGGAACGGGUACAAACAUCAAAAGAUCUUUUGAAUCAUAUAGCAGAGAACCGAGUGGCAGCAGAAUCACUUCCUCCAGCAAAGAAACAUGCGGUUCUUGACGAGUGUGAUAAAGCUGAGAGGUGGCUCCAUGAGAGAACCAAGCAACAAGAGAAUUUACCAAAAGACACAGAUCCUUCGCUACAAUCCAGUGAAAUCAAGAGAAAAACCGACGCCCUUAACGCGACAUGCAAAUACAUCGCAAGAUCCAACAAGUCAUCGGAUCAUCACAAUGGAUCUCAUGGACGCAAUAAAUCGGACGACAUGCAGCUCGAUUGAUUCCAAACCUAAAAAAGAACAUUUUGGGGGGCAAAAAUGGAUGAAAAUCUCAUGCAAAGCUGAAUGGGAUCCGCUUGGGAAUUUCUGCUUCAAUUGGAACGAGUUUUUUGUAAGAUUUUGAUUCAUCAUUUGCAAUCUGUUUUUUUUUAAAAAAAAAAUCUAUCUUCUUAAUACUUGUGUUUUACCUUUCAUAUAUGUUUGAUUCGAUUUCAGUCCUA